CCUGCAGUGUCUGAAGGACGCUUGCGAUUCUGUGGGCAGCAAGCUAGAGACAGUGAACUUUGGUAAACUGGAUUUCGGGGAGACCGCCGUGCUGGACAGGUUCUACAACGCAGCUAAACAGCUAAACAUCGUUUGAAACACCAGAGGUAAACAUCACACUGGCCCAGCAUGCAAGAGCACCACAAGCAUCCUCUGCUGUUCCUGGAAAGUUGGCAGACUGUUUGGACUUUAUGCUCUCGAAGGUUCCUUUUCAAGGGAGGGGGAUAUUUCCAGAGCAGCAUGGAGAUGGUAUUUCUAAGCAUCUGCCUGUCCUCUGUGUAGGAUGGGCUUCAGGGUAAAACUCCAGCUGCACUUUGCUCCACUAAUACGAGUCUGUUUACCUUGUUUUCCAUUAGACAUACAGGGGAAAAAACCUCAACUACUAUGCACACUGAUGGCUUCGGUUCACUAACAUCACUCAAAGCAGUUUUCCUCACAGUCGCUAUGGUUACAACUUCUUAUAUGUAGCUGUUAUGUAAUAGAUGGUAACGAAGCGUUAUUCACUGUGCCAGCGCUGUUACUAUCUCUCUUGGUAGAGUCAAACUUGCCGUUGGUCCGUGAGUGACCGAGGCAUAAACCGCUACAGUAAUCGCAUUUCUUCAAUCAUGACAAGUCAACGGCAUUUUCAUAAAUAUGGAAUAUUAUCAGGUCAAAGUAAGGUCACAUACCAACACAUGCAAACACUGUAUCCUCCUCUUUCCCGGCUAGAUGACGUAGGACGCAUGAAAUGUAAUGGAACAAUUGUGGUGAACUGAAAUCACUCUUGCAUUGCAACUUACUAAAGUUUCCAAUGGGCCAGUACAAGCUUAUACAGCAUCUUUGGGAUUAGAUAGAUACCAAUAUUCACAUUUAUUCACCUUUAAUUUGAUUUAUAGAUCAAUAUCUUUAAUGAUUAUUAACGAUAUCCUUCAUUUUUGGGCAGAUUUCUGGGCAGCAAUUUUUUUUCUAAUGAUGUACACAUUUUAUGAAGUGGCUACAGAGGUUCAGUAGUUAUCAGCAGUAAAUAUUUAAAGCUCUGAAACACAGUGGGAGGUUCAGAUAAUGAUUCGGAAAGAUUAUUCAAGAAGAAUGGGUCAGACUUUGCACACAGCUGUCCUGGGAUCUGAUGUAGUUCACCCUUCACCUUCUGACAGCUGAUGUGAACUGAAGCGUGAUGCUGACUGCGUUAAGAAGUUCAUUUUCAAAUCUUCACUUCUAAAUUCAAAUAAAGAGUCAAGUUUUGCAAUCCAGCUUUCAUAUAAAUUUAAAAAGUGUUGUAGUCCUUGUAAAUCAGCACUUGAAAUGUACAUUUUUUCCUUCUAGAAAGCCACCAGUACUUGUUUGAUGUAUGUAGAUUUAAUGUUUUAGUUUUACAUGUUGUAUCUGUAGCUGCCUUGAUAAAUCAUUAAUUCUUUAAUCUAUAUAUCUAUACACAGAGGUCACUUUAUUGAGUUUUGGCUUUGAGCACAGCAGCCCUAUCCAUCUGAUGUUCACACCUUAAGUUUGUAAGGGGCAAAUCUAUCAGAAGAAAGUUAGCUUAGAGGGAGGGCUUGUUGUAGGGAAUCAUGCAAAUCUGUUCCUGUAAGAGUCCAAAAUAAAAUUAUGUAGCUGGGAGUGAGCAAAACAGGUCACCUUAAUCUACAGCUGUAGGGAUGUAUAGCAUAGCUGAAACACAAUCUCUCAGUAUUGUUUAUAGCUUAUGAUUUUAGGCUGCUGGUAGCAAUUGUUUAUUUUUCUCCACAACCUGCUCUCAUUAAAAUAGAUUUCUCUGUGUCCAAUCAUGUGCUCUCUAGUAGAGACAAAAGACUCUGCUUUGCUGAAAUGAUCCAGAUCCAUGUGAAAAUGCUCCAGAGCUUUUUAGAUCAUAAUAUUUUAGAUGGAGCUGAUCCCCCAGCUCCUCUUCAGAAAGAGCAUGUGGAGCUGGUGGAGGAUCUCUGGAGAGUGCUGGGAAGGAUCCAUAAAGAGAAGCCAACAGACACCAGAACAGUCUCCAGUAAAUUCGAAGCCCUCCACUCCAAGCUGCUCACCUGAGGCCCGAUGAACCUACAGCACCAGGCCGAGUGCUGCUGAGAGUCAAACACUGUGAGAGAACAUAGCUGUGGUGGAGAUGACAGAUGCCUUCCGCCAGCCUUCGCUCUUCUACCACCUGGGAGUGAGAGAAAGCUUCAGCAUGGCCAACAACAUCAUCUUGUACUGCGACACUAACUCUGAUGCUCUCCAGUCUCUGCAGGAGAUAAUUUGCCAGAAGAACACUACAUGCUCAGCUAACUACACCUUCAUCCCGUACAUGGUGACACCUCAGAAUAAGGUGUACUGCUGUGAGGGCAGCCUGAUGAAGGGCCUGACCGAGCUGAUGCAGCCCAGCUUCGAGAUGCUGCUGGGUCCCAUCUGCAUGCCUCUGCUGGACCGCUUCAUCCAGCUCCUCAAAGUGUCGCAAGCCAACUCCCACCAGUAUUUCCGUGAGACGAUUCUGAAUGAGAUCCGUAGAGCCCGGGAGCUUUACACUGGCUUGGAACUGGCUGCAGAGCUGAGCCGAAUCCAGCAGCGGCUGGACAACGUGGAGUGCCUUUCAGUUGAUGUCGUCAUCAAUUUGCUGCUUACGUACAGGGACAUCCAGGAUUAUGAGUCCAUCGUGAAGCUGGUAGAGACUCUGGAGAAGCUUCCGACCUUUGACCCCAUGGCUCAUCCACAUGUGAAGUUCCACUACGCGUUUGCUCUGAAUCGAAGGAACCUUCCAGGCGACAGGCAGAAAGCCCUGGACAUCAUGCUGCCCCUGGUGGAAGGCGAGGAGCAGGUAGCGAGUGACAUGUACUGCCUGGUGGGACGUAUCUAUAAGGACACGUUCCUGGAGUCAGACUUUACCAACACACAGAGCAGAGACAACGGCGCACUCUGGUUUAAAAAGGGGUUUGAGUCAGAGCCAACACUACACUCUGGUAUCAACUAUGCUGUUCUUCUGCUGGCAGCUGGACACCAGUUUGACACGUCGUUCGAGCUCCGCAAAGUGGGAGUUAAGCUGAGUAGCCUGCUGGGUAAAAAAGGCAGCCUGGACAAGUUGCAGAGUUACUGGGAUGUGGGCUUCUUCCUGGGUGCCAGCAUCCUGGCCAGUGACAGCACCCUGGUCAUCCAGGCUUCUGAGAAACUCUUCAAGCUUAAAGCCCCUAUAUGGUAUUUGCGGUCAUUGGUGGAGACCAUCUUGAUCUUUCAGCACUUCAACAAGCCCAGCGUAGAGCAGCCCUCCUACAAACAGGAGCUGGUGGACUUUUGGAUGGACUUCCUGGUGGAGGCGACCAAAAAAGAUGUCUCCUCUGUUCGAUUUCCUGUGUUGAUUUUGGAGCCAACUAAAGUGUACCAGCCUUCAUAUUUGUCCAUAAACAAAGACGUGGAUGACAACACAGUGUCAAUCUGGCACGUUGCUCCUGAUGACAAGAACAAGGGGAUCCAUGAGUGGAACUUCAGCGCCACAUCUGUACGAGGUGUCAGCAUCUCCAAGUUUGAUGAACGCAGUGCCUUUCUCUACGUCCUUCAUAAUGCAGAAGACUUCCAGAUCUACUUCUGCACAGAGAUGCAUUGUAAAAGAUUUUGUGAUCUGGUCAACAGCAUAACAGAGGAAGCCUGGAAGUGUCCAGAGGAAGGAGAAUGUGACACUGAUACCUUAGAGUACGACUAUGAGUAUGAUGAGCACGGAGAGAGAGUGGUUCUGGGUAAAGGCACAUUCGGAGUGGUGUACGCCGGUCGAGACCUCAGUAACCAGGUCCGACUGGCCAUCAAAGAAAUACCAGAGAGAGACAGCAGGUACUCUCAACCACUUCAUGAGGAGAUCGCCCUCCACAAGCACUUAAAGCACAAGAACAUUGUCCAGUACCUGGGCUCUAUCAGCGAGAACGGCUUCAUCAAGAUCUUCAUGGAGCAGGUGCCUGGAGGGAGUCUGUCUGCACUGCUGAGGUCCAAGUGGGGCCCACUGAAAAACAAUGAGCCCACCAUCGGCUUCUACACACGGCAGAUCCUGGAGGGGCUCAAAUACCUGCAUGACAACCAGAUUGCACACAGAGACAUCAAGGGUGAUAAUGUACUCAUCAACACCUACAGUGGCGUCCUGAAAAUAUCAGAUUUUGGCACAUCCAAAAGGUUGGCUGGGAUCAACCCCUGCACUGAGACUUUCACAGGCACAUUGCAAUACAUGGCUCCUGAAAUUAUAGACAAGGGCCCACGGGGAUACGGCAAACCAGCAGACAUCUGGUCCCUUGGCUGCACCAUCAUAGAGAUGGCCACUGGGAAGCCACCUUUCUACGAACUGGGAGAACCACAGGCCGCCAUGUUCAAGGUGGGUAUGUUUAAAAUCCAUCCAGAGAUCCCAGAGUCCAUGUCACCAGAGGCUAAAGCCUUUAUCCUUCGCUGCUUUGAGCCCGACCCGGACCGACGUGCCACCGCGCUCGACCUGCUCACCGAUGAGUUCCUCACCGUCACCAGCCGAAAAAAGAAGAGCAAGGGCAGCUUCACAGCUCUGACACCAGGAUCAGAGUAUCUCCGCAGUAUCUCGUUGCCAGUGCCCGUUGUAGUGGAAGACACCAGCAGCAGCAGCGAGUAUGGCUCCGUCUCCCCUGACAACGACCUCAACACCAACCCCUUCAUCUUUAAGCCAAGCAUCAAGUGCUACAGUGAAAAGGAUGUUAAGGGCCAGAGGUCCCUCUUUCUCAGCAUUCCAGUGGAGAACUUCGAGGACCACAGUGCCCCUCCAUCACCUGAUGAGAAGGACUCGGGCUUCUUUAUGCUUCGGAAAGACAGCGAGAGGCGAGCUACCUUGCACCGUAUCCUUACUGAAGAUCAGGCCAAGGUGGUGGCCAACCUGAUGGAAGCCCUGGCACAGGGCUCAGAGGAAAUGAAGCUAAAACAUCAGCACAUCUCCACCCUUGUGGUAAGUCUUGCUGACUUUGUUCGGAUGGCAGACAGGAAAAUCAUCGCCAACACCCUGUCUCAGCUCAAGCUGGAGCUAGACUUUGACAGCACUGCCAUCAGUCAACUGCAGAUUAUGCUGUUCGGCUUCCAGGAUGCUGUGAACAAAGUGCUGCGAAACCACAACAUCAAGCCUCACUGGAUGUUCGCUUUGGACAACAUCAUCCGCAAGGCUGUGCAGACUGCCAUCACGAUCCUGGUGCCAGAACUCAGGCCUCACUUCAGUCUGGCCUCAGAAAGUGAUGCAGCCGAUCAGGAGGACAUCGAUGAUGACGGCGAGCCGGACAGAACCUCCACGCACCAGAGCCGGGCGCCCCCUGGCGCCGCUCACGAUGACACGGUGGUUACCUCGGGAGUCAGCACACUCAGCUCCACCGUCUCCCACGAAUCCCACAAUGCACAGCGCUCCGUGAGCAUGGAGCUAGGGAGGAUGAAGCUGGAGACCAGCAGGUUGCUGGAACAGCUGCUGGAGAAGGAGAGGGAGUAUCAGUCCAUCCUGCAACAAGUGCUGGAUGAGAGAGAGCAAGAGAUCAGACUACUGAAGCUGCGAACUGAGCCUGAAGACACCCCCACAUCUUCGCAUGACCUGGAGGGACAGAGGAGCCAACCUGCAGAGAGACGUGACGACCCAGAGCUGACCAGCUGGCUGACACGUUACGGUGCUGACCAGGAUGCCAUAGACAGGAUACUCAAUGAGGAGUAUACAUUGUACGACAUCCUUCAUGAUGUCACAAGAGAUGAUCUGAAGAGUUUAAGACUGAGAGGUGGGGUCUUGUGUAAGCUAUGGAAAGCCAUCACAGACUACAGGCAGAAGCUAUUCUAAGGCCUUAAGUGGUGACAGCCACUCAGAGAAGCCAGGACUUUUUUUUGUCCCCAACAACUCCUCUUUACCUCAGCGUUUAUAAAAGCAAGAUCCUGGAGAAGAAGCUGUGUUGACCAUGUUCCACCCACACAACAAUCUUCUGGAGUAUUUUAUAAUUUUGAAAACAAAGAGUUUGGAUAUUAGGUCAUUUUGAAAGUAAAAAUUAAUGAGAAGUGCCACUAGUUUUGUUAUACCUGAUGGACAGGGCACAGCUUUUGUUACAGGUGUGUUUAAAAUGACAGCUGGUAGGAAAAUCUAUUAUUGAAAUCUUGAAAACUGUCAAGAAAAACAUUUUCUCCUGUCUUUACAAGAUGUGACGUUUACAACUGAUCGUUUUCUAAUACAGGCCUGAGAUACAAAAUACUACAUUCAUCUGUACUGAUAUUUUUAUCAUUGCUUAUCUUAUCACUACUUUAUUUAAAUGUGUUUUAAUUUAAUUGUUAUAGCAAUCUGAAGGAUGUCAUUCCAUGUACUGCUUUUGUUUUUUCUUUUAUUUUGUUUUUUGUUUUUUUUCCAAACUGAGACUUAUUUAAAUUGUCCAUGCUUUUUUUUUUUCCACAUUUCCUUUUAUAAUAUGAAUCUACAAUUUUAUUUUUAAGAAAUCUAUUAUGUAAAUAUAGUGUUAUAUAAUUCUAUGUGGAUUACAUUUAUGUACUUUGAAAAAGACAUCUCUAAACACAGUCAAAUCUCCAUGUAGAUUGGGCCAAGUUUGCAAUGAGCACAUGUGAAAAAUUAAUUCUGUAUUAUUGUAUUUUCUAGUAUCACAAAUCAUAGAUCAUACUCACUUAAUUGACAAAAUUGUGUUUAUCUUGCUUGUGUUGUGUCAGCUUCAUUCAGUCAAAUAUAUAAGUUGUAAUGAAAAAUCUGACAUGCAAACAAACUUCAUGUGGAAGAACCUUGAUGUACUUUUUUAUUAAUAUUUUAAACCAUAACGUCAGAAAUUGGGGGGGGGGAAUCGGUGAGCCUUGUGUCUGUUUUGUUUCAGAUCUGAUUCAAGAUUGUUGUGAUAUAUUGUUAAAAUAAAACUUUUCAUCUUGAAGCUGUGAA